AAGAUUGAUUUGAGCAAAACCUAUGUCCGUGCUUGUUUUAACUUUAGAUACCAUCACUAUCAACUAUAAGGACUCUCGUUGGGUUGGCGCCUGGUGGCUGGGGUUUCUGAUAACUGGUGUGGUGAUGUUACUAGCUGGAAUUCCCUUCUGGUUCCUUCCCAAGUCUCUUCCAAAGCAAGGUGAGAGUGAAGCUGAGAAGAACUCAAACGCCCAGGAGGGUGAGCAGGACACUUUCAUUCCCGACAACAACAAACAGAGCUUCAAACCAGCUGAGGUCUCCAUGCGGGCUCUGGCUAAAGAUUUCCUGCCGUCAUUGAAGGAACUCUUCAGCAACUCAAUUUACAUCCUUCUCAUAUGCACAUCUUUUGUGCAAAUAAAUGGUUUUAUAGGAAUGAUCACAUUUAAGCCAAAGUUCAUGGAGCAAAUCUAUGGCCAAUCAGCAUCAAGAGCCAUCUUUUUGAUAGGCAUUAUGAAUCUACCGGCUGUUGCCUUGGGAAUUAUCACUGGAGGGUUUGUAAUGAAAAGGUUCAAGAUAAAUGUUCUUGGUGCGGCGAAGAUGGCCAUUGUUUCCUCUGUUUGUGCUUUUUGUUCUCUGCUUGUACAAUAUUUCCUGCAGUGUGAUAAUUCGCAAGUGGCUGGACUUACUGUGUCUUAUCAGGGCACUCCACAGGUGUCAUACCAGCAGAAUACUCUGAUCUCUCAGUGUAACAGCGGUUGCUCCUGCUCUCUCAAGCAUUGGGAUCCCAUCUGCGCCUCCAAUGACAUGACCUAUGCCUCUCCCUGCCUCUCUGGCUGCCAGACCUCCACUGGGUUUGGCAAGGACAUGGUUUUCCACAACUGCACCUGUAUUGGAGAGUCGCCUCUUACCUAUGCAAACAUGUCGGCAGUGCUGGGCCAAUGCCCUCGGAAGGCAGACUGUGACUUCAUGUUUAAAAUCUACAUGGCGGUGACAGUUGUAGGCGCCUUCGUCUCUGCUUGUGGGGCCACACCAAGUUACAUUAUUCUGCUCAGAUCAAUAAAACCAGAGCUUAAGUCUUUGGCCCUUGGUAUACAGACUUUGACUGUUCGGACUUUGGGUGGCAUCCCUCCUCCCAUUUAUUUCGGAGCCCUAAUUGACAGGACGUGUCUUAAAUGGGGCUCAAAGCGAUGUGGAGGUCAAGGGGCGUGUCGCAUUUAUGACUCGGUAGCAUUCAGAAAUACUUUCCUGGGUCUUAUUUAUGGCCUGUACACUUUGUCCUACCUGUUAUGGGGGGUCCUGUACAACAGACUGUCUCAUCGUCAAAAGAAACUUGAUCUUAAGAACCAAUUAAACCAGGAUGGCACUGCUGUAGCCACCAAUGGUAGUGAAAAUGCCCCAUCAGCCAUCGUCAAAUGCAGUGAAAAUCCUGACCAGGAGACAACUAUCUGAAUAUACAACAUUUCUGCAAAGACCAGGUUAAAUUGUGGUUCAUUUGUCUGUUUAUUAUUAGGCAUUCAAGAUGAUAGAUGUGGUAGAAGUAUUAGAUGCAGGUUGCUGGGUUAAGACUAGUGUAAGACAUUUCACGCUUUACAAGUAUCAUAACAAAACCAAGUAUACAAGUAAAACAGUGAGUAUUUAAAUGAAAAAAAAAAACAUACGUUGUAUGCAAUGUUUAUAGUUAAAUAAAACAUGUCUUCGUUUGUUUAUAAUGUAGUUCCUCAGACCAUUGUUACAUAGAAUCACUAUAGUGUCAGAUCAUUGUAAAGUUCUUAUAUCAUGUAAAAAAAAAGAGGCGGGUUUUUGUGUUAUUGCAUUUCUAAAUUCAAAACACUAAAUAAAACAAAUGCACAAACAAAACAGGCAACCAAUUCUAAAAACAUCAUUCAAAAACCAGAUCCUUAUAGGAUGUGGACAGUUUGAUCCAUCUGUUCUAUGUUUUAUGGCCCAAGGAAAGAAAGACACAUUUCAAGGCAUUUAAAGGAACCUUCGAAACGGGAUAGCAUUUGUUGUGUAUGUUUGUUUGUGCGUGUUAAUGCAGCAAAUGCAGGACUAUAGUUUUAUUUUGUGUUCUCAUUUUGGGUCCAGUAAAAAGUACAUUGGAAAGUAUUGUUACAAUCUUUACUGUGUGCAUAGCCAUGAUUUUUUACCUCUUAAACAUAUGUAAAAUAUGUGUGGAUGUUAUAUAUCAAAUUGAACUGGAGAACCUGUUGACCUGUUGAAAUCAGUUAUGAAAUGUAACAUUUAUUAACAUGAUCUUGAAUCAAAUCAUAAGCUAGGUUUGUCUUCUGUACUGUAAAUUUUCGUUUUUUACACAGAGACGCACAACUUUUACUGUCACUCCAAAAGAAUGGUGGUAAUGUAUCAUAGUGAUUUCAAUUCACACCUGUACCUUCUAAAUGUAUCAAAAUAAUGUUUGUCUUGCAACUAACCCUCACUCAUCCUCCCGAUAGAUUCAGGUUACAAACAUAUCUUUCUGUUUUGUCUUAUUUGUAUACAUUGCACUGGUUUGUAAUUCUCUGUUGAAUAAAGUCUCACGUCCAUGCAUGUAAAUAAUAUACUGUUCUGUAUUUUAGUACAUGAAACAUAGUGUCUUUGCCAGUGGUGUAAAGUAUUGGAGUAAAUGUAAUUAGUUACUGUACUUAAGUAUGUUUUUGGCUACUUUGUAGUUGUACUGAGUAUUAAAGAUAUCAGCAACUUUUACUCUCUACUUGACUACAUUUUUGAAUAAGUAUAUGUACUCUUUACUCCACUAGAUUUGUAAUGACUAAUGCAAUUACACAUUACAUUUUGCAUGGCACCUAACUUUUUCUGCAGCAGUUUAUUUCUACUACAGAAGAAGCAAU